GUUGAUGAAGCAGGCGAGCAACGGAUGAGGAAGCACUGGUCUCUCGGGAAGAGUCUCGGAUGAUCAGGAAGAUGAGCUCGUCUGCGGUGUUGGGAGGAGUCGACGAACAACCACAAGACACAGUUACCAAUGGCUCAACGACUAGUUUGAACAGAAGAAGGUGGUCUUCGUUCAAAAGCAGAUUCAAGCCUCCGUUGUCGUCCAGUGGAUCGAUCUUCUACUUGGACAAGGACCAAGCUGAAACACCCGACUGCAUACCCAACGUCUACUCGGACAAACCUACCCCCACCACACCACCUUCCGUUACCAUGGCAACAGGAUCGCCUACAACAACUUCCGUUACCAUGGCAACCAAUAAUAAUAGAUCAACUACAUCUCCUUCCGUUACCAUGACAACGGACCCCCGUCGCUACAGCAUAGCUUCCUCCUCACUGAGGCCUACUAGUCCACCUCCUCCUCCGCCUCCUCACUCCUCCUCACUGCACCGACAGUCGCUCUGUGAGGAGGUGUUGGCCAAGAGAGGGGGGUUGAGGAGUGUGGCCAGAGGAGGAAGGAGAGAGGAUGUGGGAGGUGUUGAGAGAGUGGGAGGAAGUGAGAGAGGAGGAGGAGCGUUUGAGAGGGCAGGAUCUGGAGGAGGUAGCGAUAGAGGAGGAGGAGAAGGGUUUCAGAGAGUAGGAUCAGGAGGAGGUAGUGAUAGAGGAGGAGGAGGAGGAGGAGAGAGGAUUGAAGGAAAAGUUGGUGAUAGAUUAGGGAGUAUUGAAAGAAAAACAGGAGUACAUCAACAAGAUAGGUUAGGAGUGAGUGAAAGAGGUAUAGGAGAGAGAUUGAGUGGUGGAGGAGGAGGAGAAGCACUAGACAGAUUAGGAGGAGGAGUAUUUCAGAGGGUAGGAUCAGGAGGAAGUAGUGAUCGAAGGAGAAGAAGUGGAGGAGGAGGGAGUGAGAGAGGAGAAUAUGGCAAUGGUUCCUUGGUGUCAGAGAGUGAUGAAAAUACUUCUAGCUGGGAUAGAAGGAUGUCUGGAGUAGAUAGGAUGUCUGAUAGAAGUUCAAGUCAUGGUUCGGAUCUUCACCUGAGGUUUGCUGAUGAGCCACUCUAUCAGUUCUAUAAUGAAACAGUUACCAAAGAAGAGCUCAACAAGUGUUAUUCGAGAGACGACAGUAGCAGAGGUAGUGUAGCAGACUUUGAUUCGGAUGGGUACGAGGAGAUAGGCAGUGACCGACUGCUUAUAUCGAGGCCCUCAGCCAUGGAUCUGAUUGCUCCCAAACAGGGGCACCAUAGGACUCUCUGGUGCGAGAUACCCGAGGUUAUCAACAGCGAGAUAUUAAAAACCCUCUCGAAGGACGAACGUCGCAUUCAGGAAGCGAAAUUCGAGGUGAUGACGUCAGAGGCGUCCUACUUGAAAUCGCUGACUGUGCUGGAAAAACAUUUUGCCAACAGUGCGGCAUUCAAGGAUGAGUCAGUGCUGCCAACAGAGGACCGCAAAAGUCUGUUUGGCCACCUAACUGGUGUCAGAAG